CUCCUCCUCCUCCUCCUCCUCCUCCUCCUCCUCCUCCUCCUCCUCCUCCUCCUCCUCCUCCUCUCCUCCUCCCUCGUCAUCCUCGUCGUCGUCUUCCUUGCCGUGGCCUUCAACCACCACCACUGCCUACGGAGAAGACGAUGCACAGAACACACCACCAUGAGAAGUGACGAGAAGGGCGAGGGCGGGGGAGAGGCAGAGGCUGGAGAGGCGCAGCAAGAGAGCCAUCCUUGGGGUAUUUUCUUCACCAUCGUGGGUACAAUGCUGUUGGACUUCGAUGCGGAACCCUGCCAGAGCCCCUCCCGCGCCUACCUGCUGGACGUGACUGUGGCAGAGGAUCAUGCGGUGGGUCUGUCUACCUUCACCAUCAUGGCGGGGCUCGGGGGCGGCCUGGGGUACGCCAUGGGAGGGAUUAACUGGGACGCCACCUUUAUUGGCAUGCUGCUAGGGGGGCAUGUGCGGGCGGUGUUUACGCUGGUGACCUUCAUCUUUAUCGUGUGUGUCUUCAGUACCCUCUACUCGUUCAAAGAGGUGCCGUUGGACGUGCUGGAAAAGUCUUCUAGAGAUGAACUGGCUAAGGGGCCGGAGCAAGCAUUGGAAGAAGAGGGGAGGGGGGGCUACGGUACCAUGGAUAAGCCCCCCCCUCGACCCAGCUCUCUUCCUAUUGUGAACGGCCACGGAGCGGAGCAGGGAACAGAGGCAGGCUACCAAAAUUACUCUGAGGAUCAAGAAACUUCCUUCAACACGCAGGAACCAACAGAAGUGAAGGCAGAGGUACCUGAAGGAGGAGAAGUAGAAGCAGCAGGAGCAGGAGAAGGAGUAGGAGAAGCAGAGGUCAUCCCAGCUGCUACCUUAAGACAGUACCUUCUAUCCAUUGUUUACAUGCCACAGUCUUUACGUUUGCUCUGCCUGACCAACCUCUUCUGCUGGAUGUCUUUGGUGUGCUACUCCCUCUACUUCACCGACUUUGUGGGGGAGGCGGUGUUUGGAGGAGACCCUGGUGCCCCAGAUGGCAGCCAGGAGAAGCGCUUGUACAUCGAUGGGGUCCGGUUUGGCUGCUGGGGCAUGGCGCUUUAUUCCCUCUCCUGCUCCUGCUACUCAUUCCUCAUUGAAAAACUGGUCAAGCGCUUUGGAGCCCGGCCAGUGUAUGUCUAUGGCCAGCUGGUGUACAGUGUGGGAAUGGUGUUCAUGGCUGCCCUGAGACACCCAGCAGCUGUCAUCAUCUUCUCAUGCUGUGCUGGUGUCAUGUACUCCACCCUCUUCACCAUGCCAUACCUGCUGGUGGCUCACUAUCACGAGUCUGGCAUGAUCAAGUGUGAGGAUGUGUGGGUGGUGUCAAAAGCUCGCCAACUUCUGUCCUCCUGUCUUGGCAACAGCGACUCGAAGUUCAUGGCCACUGAUGGAGACUGGGCAGGACCGGAGCAGCAGGUGAGGGGGUUAGGGACUGACGUGGCCAUUGUCUCCUCUAUGGUCUUCCUCGCUCAGUUCAUCUUGUCCUCUUGCAUGGGGUCUAUUGUUGCUGCCGUUGGGUCCACCACUGCUGUUGUGUGUGCUGCGAGUCUCCUGGCAGCCUGUGGUUCUCUCACCGCCACCAAAGUCACCUAUCUGGACCUCUGAAGUGCUGUGUGUGUGUGUGUGUGUGUGUGUGUGUGUGUUCUUUGUCCAUGUACACUUGGUGAUAUGUACUUAAAAUUGUACUAGCCAGGCAAAAAGAGAUCAAUGUACUACUACUACUACUACUACUACUAUUAAAGGUGAUAUGUAUGUGUAGUACUUAAAAUUGUACUAGCCAGGCAAAAAGAGAUCAAUGUACUACUACUACUACUACUAUUAAAUUUACAUCUACUGGCAUCUGCAUACUUACAAACAAGAACAGAAUCCUUAAAACACUUAGAAAUUAGAAAAGAGAGAAAGAAGGAAGAAUAAGAAUAAGAGACACCAAGUAAAAUAAAAUGAUAUAUCUUUAAUUCUUCUUUGAUAAAAAGAAAAGUGAAAAUCUUAAAACAAACAAACAAAUGUAAAACUAAACCUGGCUGGUACAAAUAUUUCUCUUACUCUAAACUUGUCUCGGUGUAUGUACCUGUGCUUGUGUGUACCUGUAUUUGUGUGUACCUGUGUUAGGCUACCAGUGUUACUGUCACAAGUAGGAAGUUGUGUAACUACUUUUAUCUAGACUCUUGUUGAUGUGAAGUGCAUGAGUGAGUAGAGAGAGAUUUCCCAAGAGUAAGAUGCUUGAGUGAAGGAGAAAGCAGUGUGGAUAGAAAGAGAGAUUUAGACACACACACACACACACACACACACUUAUCUGUAACAACUGUAGUGUCUGUGCAUUGUGUUUGUGCGAGUGUUAUGACUGUUGAAGAGAAAAAACAUACUAGUCAACUUUUCUUCUGUUCUAUGGUGUUAACUCUGACUUUUGAUAGUGGCAGCACCAUACUUUGUGUUGUCCAAGUGUGUGGCAGUAUUGAGGCAGGGGAGGACACAGGGGCAUACUAACACUGUAGCUGUACUGUGUUGUCAAGUGUGUGGCAGUAUUGAGGCAGGGAGGACACAGGGGCAUACUAACACUGUAGCUGUACUGUGUUGUCAAGUGUGUGGCAGUAUUGAGGCAGGGAGGACACAGGGGCAUACUAACACUGUAGCUGUACUGUGUUGUCAAGUGUGUGGCAGUAUUGAGGCAGGGAGGACACAGGGGCAUACUAACACUGUAGCUGUACUGUGUUGUCAAGUGUGUGGCAGUAUUGAGGCAGGGAGGACACAGGGGCAUACUAACACUGUAGCUGUACUGUGUUGUCAAGUGUGUGGCAGUAUUGAGGCAGGGAGGACACAGGGGCAUACUAACACUACCACUGGCUGAUGCUCUCACUCACUCACUGAUUGUUCUAUGUAUUUGUAUUGUUUGAAAAUGUGCACAAAAUUUUACUAUUUCCACCAAAACCAUCAUUUGAUAGUAAGUCACCAGAUAGUUUUUAUUAAGUAACCUAACACUUUGACUGAGUGUUUUGGUAGAAAUGUAUUAGUUUGCUGUAUGUGUUAAGGCAAAUUCAUUAGAAAUAGGUAGACCAGUCAGUGAGUGAGAGGGCAUCAGUCAGUGGCAGUGUUACCGUGUCUUCGUGUCCUCACCGGCCAGAACUGCUGCCACACACUUGGUGACACAGUAUGAAAGGUUCAGCCCAUUCUAUUUUCCCUUCUACUUGCUGAUAAAGGAAUGGGGUAAUAUCAUGCAGUAAAUUUCCCACAACAUACUAAGGGUCAACAGAAAACAUCAUUGUGAUAGAUAAAAUAACUGUGUGUGUUUGUGUCAGAGUUAUGUAUAUGUGUUUUGUGUCACUUCAUAUUUUGGGAAGGAAUAAUAGUGUCAUUGUUUGCAUGAGUUUGUGUUGUUAGCUUGCUGUCUACUUGUCUGUCUGUCUAUCUCUGUCUGUGCACUCAAAAACUUACACUAUACAGAGAGGAAACGUUAAGAAUUAAAACUGUAAACUGAAUGUAGAGAGAAAAUUUUUGAGGCUGUGGGGGAGUGACUGUGGGUUUGUAAACAUACUGUGGGGGGUCAUACUGUGGAGCUGUGGGGUGUGGUGAGAGAGAGAGAGAGAGAGAGAGAGAGAGAGAGAGAGAGAGAGAGAGAGAGAGAGAGAGUGGGGGGGAGGCUGUAUGUGAGUGUUGCAUGUGAGUGUAUUGCGAGAGAGUGGGGUGGGGGGGGAGGCUGUAUGUGAGUGUUGCAUGUGAGUGUAUUGCGAGAGAGAGUGGGGGGGGAGGCUGUAUGUGAGUGUUGCAUGUGAGUGUAUUGCGAGUGUGUUGCAUAAGAAAAAUAAUUAGAAUUCAGUUCUUUGUAAAAUUUAAGUGUUAAGAAGAGGAGGAGGGAAGAAUGCAACUAGUGAGUAAAUUACAUCUGGGAAAAUUAAUGAAUACAAAAAAAGUGAUGAAAACACACAAAAACAAAUAUAAAUACAAUAGACAGAUGAAACUGUGUGUGUGUGUGUGUGUGUGUGUGUGUGUGUGUGUGUGUGUGUGUGUGUGUGUGUGUGUGUGUGUGUGUGUGUGUGUG